GCUCAACGCUUCCACUCUCUCUCCUUCUGUUUUACUCUUUAUUUCCACGGAAAACUUCUCCAGUCCCGCAGAAGAGUUUAGUGAGUGCGGACUGAGGACUUUCAGUGAUGGCUGAGCCGCUGCUCAGAAGAACCUUCUCCAAACUCCGCGGAAAAGAAAGAUUCCGCCGCAAAACGGACCCUAAACUCACCGAAGUGACAGGGAAGGUGGAUCUUAUCCAAAGUUCCUCAUCAACAUCUUCAUCCACCUCAGGCCAAGUUGAGACAGAGCUCUCGGUUGUGGAGGAGUGUACCCGACGCUCCCAAAUCACUGUAUCCAAAAAACAGAACUGGGCCAAACUUCCUUCAACGUGCAGGGACCUGGCCAGUGCAGAGCUAUGUCCGAGUGUAGUCUGUGGACAUCAGGACUGGAAUUUGUGCUCAGGGAAGGCCAAGGUUUCAAACCAGGCCUGGAGCCAAAGGACUUUGAGUGACGAUGGCUUGAAUAGUAUGCAGAAUGAUCUGGAAUUGGAGUUUGGAUACUCCAGGACACCUUACGACUCAGUUGAUGCUGGUUUCCCAGAUUUGACCCCUCCUUCUACAGCCUAUACGGAUGCGUGUGUCACGUCCAGCUCGGUUAAGAUGUCUGGGCAAGGUGCCUACCUCCAGCACCUGGACAGAAGCAGUAGAGCUUGGGUACUGUCCACAGGAAAGCCCCAGGCUUCUGACGUGGCCCUCCCAACCAGAAUCACAGAGUGGCGACAGCGACCAAAUGUAGACGGCAACAUUUGGUACAACCCCAUUCCUGAAGAGGAUGACACACGGGCUGGGGUAGGAGUGGAUCUGGAAAAAUAUGAAGACCCGUGGAAAAGAAGAGAGUUUGAGGGAUCAGUAAAGGAGAAAAGAGACCAGAAGCAUUCACAGGGUUCGACUCUUGCCAGCAUCCAUCAAAUGAGAGACAUUCAAACAGAGACUGACAUCAACAGGGUGGACAGUUCGGAUCUGGUUGUGCUACAGUCUGAAAUUGUUAGCUCUGCUAGCGGAGUGAAUUCUGACAGUCCCGGGGUACCAAAGAAAACCCCUGGUGAAGCUGGGAGUGGUGGCAGUGUGAUUGAAAGGAUCAAGUCUCCAGGAACAGUGCGGCGGCUUUCUAUGAAGAUGCGCAAACUCCCAGAACUAAGGCGGAAACUUAGCCUACGUUCGUCUCGUAAUCAGCGGCAUGAACAAGGCCAAGCGAAUGCCAGCAGUGCACCAGGAGCGUCGGAUGAGGUGUCACCCCCAAACGCAUGUAAAGAAUCUUCCAAUGUCAUCAGCAAGUACCAUCUAGACUCCAGCGCUCCUGCCAGGCCAAGACGACGAUCUUCACGAACACUUUCUGCUAGUAAAGGAGGUUAUCUUAGUGACGGAGACUCACCGGAACUACUGCCAAAGCAGGGCACAGGUCAAGGGUCAUUGGAGUCACCAACACCACCGCCACACUGUGGAAUUAAUGAUUCGCUAGCUGUGGCGGACGCAGAGUCUUUCCGUUUGUACUCACUGGUGGAUCAACCGCGCUGUGCUCAGAGACUUUCAGGCCUGCUCACGGUGCAUCUGCUGGGCGUAGAGGAGCUGCUGCGUUCCCCACGGAGCGACAUGUCUAAAGAAGUCUUCUGUGCCAUACAGGUGGACGGAGUGACCCGAGCUCGAACUGCCCUGCUCACCUGUCGAGGGGCAUGUCUACCGCUGAACCACACCUUUAAUCUGGAGCUCGAGAGGGCACAACUGCUCAAACUGGUCAUCUUGACGCCAACCGCUACCAACACAAACAAUGGGUCUUCUGUGCCUGCCGCUCCCGCCCGUAACCGAGUGUGCUGCCUGGGUGCUGUGGCUAUACAUCCCCUCUUCAAGGCCUCUCGCAGUCAGCAGUUGUGUGUGAGGCUGGAACCUCGUGGUUUGUUGUAUGUGAAGUUGACCCUGUUGGAGCAGUUCGUGACCCCAUUCCCCCGCCUCAGUGACCUGACUCCCCCCACUGUGUUUGGGGUUGAGCUGCGUCACCUGGUGGAGAAGGAGGGGUCUGUGCUGAAAGUGCCUCUGAUCAUUCAGAAGUGUGUGUCUGAGAUUGAGAGGAGAGGCCUGAGGGUCGUGGGAUUGUAUCGUCUUUGUGGUUCGGCUGCGGUGAAGAAGGAAUUACGAGACUCGUUCGAGAGAGACAGUGCAGCAGUUACACUGAGCGACGAGUUGUAUCCCGACGUCAACGUCAUUACCGGCAUUUUGAAGGACUACCUGCGUGAGUUGCCGUCUCCUCUCAUCACGAGGACCUUGUAUGAAGUGGUUUUGGAUGCCAUGACUGUUCGACCGGCAUGUAGAAACGACAACGAUGCACAGAGAUCACAAAAUACUGUUGCGCUGCUGCAGUGUUUGCCUGAAGCUGAGAGGGCCACUCUGUGUUUCCUGUUGGAUCAUCUGAGUCUGGUGGCGUCUUCUAGUGACAGCAACCGCAUGACGUGUCAGAACUUGGCAGUGUGUUUCGGGCCGGUUCUGUUGACCCCCACGCAGGAGUCCUGGCAGGCCGGUCUGACAGCACCCUGUUCAGGGGCACUAACGGGAACCGCGUCCGGUCGAGGAGGGCGGAGCUUUGCACACAGUGAAGAGAUCGCCAGCGCUGUUGACUUCAAACGACACAUUGAAGCCCUGCAUUACCUUCUGCAGCUCUGGCCUGUUCCUAAAGGAAGAGUGACAAAUAACUCUGACCAAUCACCCUUCAGCCAGGAUGCUCUUUCUGCUCUCACAUCCCAGAAUUCCUCAAUGCGGCGGGCUCAGCGUAUGCCACUGCGUGUGGAGCUUCCAUCUGCUCAGGACGUGGUGGUGUCCCGUCGGGGGCGUGGCCGUCUGGAGAGCCCGCCCUGUAACCGUUACGCUGGUGACUGGAGCGUUUGUGGGCAGGACUUCAUGUCUAACGACGAGGCGGAUUAUGACGAGGUGGCGGGCAGCGAGAGUGAUGAUGACAUCGAGCAGCAGACAAAGAAGCGAGACGUGUGGACGUCACCUGACGGUUUGUACGUCGAUGAUUUUGCGCUGGACUUUGACGCACCGUUUACUUGUCGACUGAGUCUAAAAGACUUCGAUACGCUCAUUUCAGACCUGGAAAGAGAGUUGGCCAAACAAAUCAACAUCUGCCUGUGAAACUGGACCGUUAUGAGCCAUGUAGCUAUUUAGGAAUGUGCAUUUUGCUCAUUUUUACGACUCGAAUACUCGAGAGAUAAAUUGAUAAGUACUUGGGUUUGUCUUUUUUUUUUUUUUUUUACUGUUAGAUGCGCGUCAAAAAACAGACACGUCACACUCAUUCUGGAAGACACUUGCGUUCGUUUCAGGGGUCUCAGAGCGUUUUGCAACAAUUUUGUCUUGUAUGUGAACACCAUCUUAGAAGUCCACCGUGCGGUUCACUUAAUGAACGCAACACGCUUCAGUUUCGUUUUUAUUUUUUCAAUAACUUUUAGUUGCACUUUUCCAAAUCAGACCCCUUUCAAACCGACACGGUGUGUACACUAUUGUGGCACGCAAGACGAAAUGGGCAAAGACCUCCACUUAAGGGGCCGUUCACACCGAUCGUGUUUUUGCAUCUGUCCGCACUGUUACUCGGUUGUUUUCAAUGUAAACACUAGACGCUAGAUUGAUGUUUUCGAUUGUUGCGCCGCAUAUCGCUGUUUAUUCAGUGUCUUUUUUUUUUUAGAUGCCAUGUCAAGUUAAACAGAACUUAAAACAAUAUUUCAGGGUCAAUACAAGUUAAUCUCAAUACCACAAACUGUUUUUUUUGGGCUUGUCUGUCCUUUUCUUUAAGAAAAUCACAAAUCAGGUGGGCCUGGGUAGCUCAGCAAGUAUAGAGGCUGACUACCACC